AAAUACGGCCGUGCCCCUGUAGAGCGCCCCGGUGACAGGUGCCUGUGUCUUCACGGAAUGGGUGUACCCCUGCCCCCAUCUAGUGCAGGUGGCGGGGGGCGCGCCCCACAGCCACUGGGGUCCCAGAAGCCCGUCACCACCAGGACCUCCACGUCCAGCCGGCAGAACAUGAACGAAGAGGCAGGGGAGCUAGAGCCCCGACCGAGGUCCUGAGGCCGCGCCCACCUGCAGCGGGACCCAGUGCCCCGGAGAUUGAGGGGAAGGGGGAGCGCGCACAGGCCCCCGUCCCCGUGGCUGGGAUGCCCCACCAGGAAACAGCAGCCACUCCGGGUGGGAAGGCGCCCCGAGCAGGACCUGACGAGACCUGCGUGCCCAGCGGGGCGCUCGCGGCCGGUGCUCCUCAUGUCCCACUAGCGUCCAGGCCCAAGGGCAUCCUUCCAGCCAGCGACUCAGCUUCUCCUGGCAACUCUCUCCCGCUUUCCGUCUGGAAAAGGGAAAAGGAGAGCCCGGGUGCCUGUGUAUACGGAGCCUGGGUGCGGCGGCCUGGGGAUCCCACAAAGGACGCACCAGGGGACAUGCCCUCCGUUUCACCAGAGACAAAAGAGCCGUGGAAAUCAGUACCCGAACGCUCCCACCCUGCUGGACUGGAUAGGGCCAUCGGGCGGAGAGCCAGGCCGGCACCAGGCAGCGGCAGCACGCGGGCACCUGUCACGAUGCUGGUGAAGGGUGGUCCAACAGCGGCCUGUGACCUGACAGGAGGCAGCCUUGUGCUGUCCCUGGGGGCGGGGCAGGCGGCAGGACGGACGGACCCGGAGCAGCGUGGGGGACGGCCCGGACCCGUGGGCCGCAGCCCCGCCCUGGAAUGAGCUGGUAAGAGCGGACCAGGACAGGCUUGCCCGUGGCGACCGUCACUGCGCCCCCUCACUGCUGCACAGAGUGGGCUGCGGCGGCCCCAAAGCCCCUCUCUCCCUGUUGGCGGCAGGCCAAGCAGGGUCCAGGAGGGGACAAAACAGAAGGGACAGGAGAGGUCGCAGCCCCCAGGACCGUUCAGGGGCUAUCAUUCCCAGGACCCUCCCCAGGAGGCCAGGGUGGUGACAGCCCACAGGACCCGCUGGGAAGAAGUCUGGGCACUAAGCUGGGUGGGCCUGGGGGCAACCCACCCGAGCACCUCCCCCUUCUCCUGCACCCUUCCCCAGGGCGGGGGCAGCAUGAGGAUCUCCAUUUUGGAGAGGUGCAGAGAGCACAGGGAGGAGGCAGGGCCACUUUGCAGCGGGGCGGGGGCCCAGAGCCUUGGCCCUCAGGAGGAGACUCUGCCUCUUCCCCAGAGGUGGGGACCGCCUGUUGGCUCUGAUUUUCCCGCUGCCCCACUUGGCCUUGAGCCUGGGGAAGUGAAAGUGUUGUGUUCCUCAUUACCCACAGACUGCGGGGAUUGCAAGACGGGGGCCCCGGGGGCUGCCUGCCAGCACAAGCCAACCAGGGAGCCCUUAGAUGCGAGGGAUGUCCACUGGAGAGCAUCUUACUCCUCCUGCGUCCCCAGAUCCCGAGCACGGAGCCUGAGCAUCUCCUGGGCCUGCCAGCCUUGCUCCCGGCUCUGUCUGGGGCUCUUGCAGCCUCGAUCCGGGCCGGGAGAGGAGGGGCCUCUGGGGCAGCCAGGAUGGGGUGCGGGAAAGGAAACCCAGGGAGGUCAGCGGACCCAACCCAGCAGCUGCUCUCUGAAUGCAGCUUGAGGGAAAGCACGCCAGGCAGCCGAAAGGAAUGUCACUAAAGUGAGCAGCAGGGCUGAGAAGCCAUUCCAUUUCCCGUUGUGUGGUUCCCUCCAGUGCACACGGCAGAGGCCAGGCCAACUCAGAACAUUCAGUACAAAUGCUGAGCUGUCGGCUCAUCCCUAAAAAAAGCCUCCAGCUGCUGGCGGCAGAGCGGCUUGGAAAGCAGGUUCCCUGGGAAAGGAGAGCCCUACACUUGAGAGAACAAAACUGGAAAAGCAAGACUUCCGGGGGGGUGGGAGGCAAUGGCUGGCAUGAUGGCAGCCCCAAAGCUACAGGAGUCGGGACUGGAGGCGAUGGGGCCAAGAACAGCAGGAAGGUGUUCACCGUGGAUCGUGCUGGGGGCAGCCAGGGUUUCUCCACACAGGGCUGACCCGAGACGACCCUGGCUCAGCAUGUCUGACGACAAACCUGAUGAUGGUUAAUUUGGCAUCAACUCGGCUGGCCUAAGGGACGCCCUGUUUGCUGGUGUGUCUGUGGGAGUGUGUCUUCAGAAGAGAUGAGCAUUUGGUUCAGAAGCCUAAUGAAGAACUCCUCCCUCACCGGUGGGGACAGGCGGCACUCCGUCAACAGCACCCAGGCGGGAGGACGGCGAACUCGCUCUCCUCGGGAGCCGGGACGUCCAUCUCUCGGGUUCUCCGUCUUCCCGUCUCAGACUGAAUGACACAACCGGCCCCCCCGCAUAGCCCGCGGAGCUUCGCAGCCUCCAUAAGUACACGGGUCCGCGGCCAGGAUAAAUGUCCUCCUGCCCUUACAGCAACCCAUGUCCCGUGGGUUCUGUUUUCCUGGAGAGCCCGUUACAAGCUGUGUGUUUUCACCACGCUGCUUCUCCAGGGGAAGAGUGACCUCAGCACCCUUCCCGUCCUUGUCUUCUGCUGGUGAUGGAGGAAACAGUCCCAUCGGGCCGGGGACGGAACGGGGGGAUCCUGCCCCCUGAGCGGGUGUCAACAGACGGACGCCUCCCCUGGGAGUACACUGCGGGCCUGCUGGGGACAGCAGAAGGCUCCACCAGCCAGAAAAGGAGGCAGCACACGGUUUCUCCAUGCGUAACUGUGGGAUUUGGCUACUGUACAGCUUCUAGAGCAAACAAGGUUGCUGGAACGCCUGUUGCACCCUGGGGACGUGGCUUUGUGGCCUGGCUUUCGUGCUGGAGCCCACUUUGCACCCCUGGUGACUCUAAUUCCCAAGAUUUGCCCAAGAACACUCUGCUGUGUUUCCACAUUUGUUCUAAGGAAGCUUUGCCCACGAGUUUGAGACUCACUGUUGAUGUCCCUGUUCAGCUUCUAGGUUCCGUCCUCGCUCAGCGGGGCCCGGCCGAGCGGUCGCAUGUGUGUCCUCCCACAUACGCGGACGAGGCCAGCAGCAAACCGGAAGGCCGAGUCCGGACGCUGGGCUCCCGUGGCCUCCCGUCACUCACUUCCUGGAGCUACUCCUCGUUAGGCCCAUUUGACAGGGGAGCACGUGGAACCCCAGGGCGCCAGCCCCCCGGUGACGCUCACUCAGCUGCCCCAGAAACGAAGCCAGGCGGUUAGAUGGGACUCCGAGUAAGGUCAUUCCUCCACAGCUGCCUUUUCAUGCCAACACCCUGCCCCUCGGGCUUUCCAGUCCGGAAGCCCGUGGGGCACGGAGUCUGGAAGCCACGAUGUGCCAGCAGAGAAGCUGCCGUCAGGGGCGCUGCUCAUCCCUCCCCUGUGCGGUCCGGCUGUGCCGUGAGCCUGAAGUGAGCGCUCUCCGAGCCUCAGUCCCCCCUUCGCAGGGCGGGUAUGAUGACGGCCCGCUGGCUGCGCGAUGCCGGAGGCCCACGGCCGUGCUGGGCCGGGCGCUUACCUGUAUCCCUGUAACUCUGAGGUCAGGAACAGAGUCACUGACGAGGUGACCAUGAGUCCCAGAGACCCCCAGCCUGAGCACGAACGCCAGCACAGCACGGAGUCUCGGUUCGGGGGGCGGCCUUUACAAAGCACCACAAUCCAGGGGCCACAACAGAAGUUUACCAUCUCCUGGUCCUGGAGGCCGGAAGCGGGAGACCAGGGCAUCAAGUAGCACCCCGCUCCCUGCACGAUUCGGGGUAGAAUCCGUCCCUGCGUCUUCUGGCUUCUGACAGCAGCCGUCAGCCCUGGCCCUCCCAGGUUUCCAGAUCCGUUGCUCCCGGCUCGGCCUCCCUUCCCAGAAGCCGCCUUCCUUGUGUCUUUUCUUAUAAGGACUCGCGUCCUAUUGGACUAGGGCCCACCUGAUGCCUUCACCUUAUCCUGAUCACCUCUGCUAAGACCCUAUUUUCAAACAAGGUCACAUUCACGGGCACUGAGAUACCAACGUCUUGCUCCGAAGCUCUCCCCCCUCCCCGCUGCAAGCUGGGGCCAUUUAAAGUACGCGGUUUCCAAGCUGGGGCUCCCCUGCCGGAGCCGGCCGUCACAGGCCAGAGCCCAAAUUCCCCAAGGGCUGAGACCAGAGCGUCUGAGGGCUGCAAGGCCCGUCGGGACCCAGACCAGAUGCGUCCCCAAACUCCUCUGUGCCUCCCGGGAGGAAGGUGUGCAGCAGAGACAUCCUGAGGGCAAAGAUGCCUCGGGAUACCUGCUGGUCGGCCGGGCGGCCUCUCUCACGUACGGCGAGAUUCUAGCACGUGAACUCUGCCCCCCACACCUUAGGAGGGCAGUGAUGGGGGGCUCGCUGGGGGAGGAUACGGGGUUGUCUGCUGUACCUGUCCAGGUGUGUGGUGACAGAUGGAGAAUGGCCCGUGGCAGCUCAGAGAAAGCAACUCUCGCUCCCCGACUUCAGGGGCAUCUAUGGGUUAGGAAACAGAACCUCUCUGGGCGCCAGUUUUGAUAAGCUGGAAAGACAAUCAGGAACGUGCCGCAGGGGCCGAGCCAUGGCAGGGAGACCCUCCCCACGGUGCCGUAGUUCUGCGAUCUGUAGUCAUCCAGCCGGGACGGAAGAUCCCCAGCUUACGAAGCUGUUCACUUCUAUGGAGACUGAGAGCAAAGGCAGCGACAAGGGGCCAUUCCCAGGGCCCAUCCCACCUUGGCAAGGACGCUAAUCUUCCCCACACCUAACCCGGAAUGACCCAGCAGCUACCAUCAGCGUCCGGAAGGAGCCACUUCUCUUCCCCACCACCUGCGCCUGUGGCUCCUUUCCCAGAUCCAGAGACGCUCGGAGCGGCUGAGCAGGACACUCGCUGGGGGGGUCUAAGAACACGGUGGGCGUCGCACAGUUGAACCCAGCUCUGACACAGUCUCUCUGGACACCGACACAGGUUGGAGGCUCUGUCCCACCGCCUCCCACCACACUCAAACUGCAGGAGAGCCAAGGGCCACCGAUCCUGGGUCCCCACGACGCCCUCCUGGGGUUCCCUUCAUGUUCUGCUUCCCUCGAGCGGCUCACGGAACUCAGGGAACCGGUUUACUGGCCGGAUUGCCGGUUUAUUACAGAGGACGUUACAGAAUGGGCGUCAAGGGCCAGAUGAAGAGAUACCGGGGUGAGGUCCCCUGGGCAUGGUGGCAGCAUUCUGGCUUGGCGUCCCGGAGCUCUCCAAACCCCGUCUUUCUGGGGGUUUAUGGAGGCUUCAUUACGUGGGCAUGUUGAUAACCCUGGCUAUUGGUGACUGAUCCAACGCCAGGCCUCGUCCCUCCCCAGAGGCCGUGGGCGGGACUGAAAGUUCUUCCCCGUCAUAUGGCUGUCGCGGCAGCCCUGCGCGGAGGCCAUCAAAGGAGGAACCAGCAGAGGACGGCGUGCAGGGGGGUGUGCUCUCCUUCGCCCAAGUGGGAAGAAUUCCCGUCUCCCACAGGCGGGCUUUGAAGAGUUCCGUUACCAAAGCAAACGGAGGGAGGAUUCAGAGAUGAAAUUCCGCAUUAGCCGCCCUUUGUGGGUACCCCGCUCCUGCCCAGCGGGUGCUGUGAUGGUCCUUAGGAAUUCAGACUUUAAAGGAUGUUUUUCUGGAAGGGAGCCUUUGUAUAUCCAGGCUGGUUGGUGGAUUCUGCAGGACUGGGAGCAGCCUGAGGGAAGGCGGCCCACAGCAGCACGCCCACAGGUGCAUGGCGGCGUUUGGGGGGAACAUAGGGACAGUCGACAGUAAGGGAGCCAACUGGCCCCGUGCCCGGCCUCAUGCCCUCAUUCUGGAAGCAGAUUCUAUUGGGGCACCCACGGUGGGGGCUGGGUUUCUCUCUUCCCUAGUCCUGAUGAUCAGCAGAGGGAAACGUACUCGAGAGCCGUGCCAUCUGGGUCCCGAGAUUCUCAGGGAUGCCUCUCUUGUUCCGGGCACAUCUGCGAGUUUUCCAGAAAGAAACAACCUGAAAGUGACAAGCUAGGCCCGGGAACAUUCUGCGCCACGGGACAGCUGCGGAGACCCUCGCGGGAGUCCGAGUGCUGGCCCUAGUCACUUGACGAGUCGGUGUGGGGGACCAGCGCCCGGCCCCAGCCAGCCCCACACCAAGCUCCCGGGGACACCAGGACAGCCUAGCUGGGGACGCAGGGAGCAGCGGAAGAGGACAUGAAGGACGUUCAUACGGACAGAGCUCACUCGUGCCACAUCUGUGUGAUAGAGACCACAGGACCUGCCGUGCUCUUCCUAGAACAACCUGUCGCAGACCCCGACUGCAGAAGUGAGACAGCACGUUUAGCAAAUUCACCUGUUGGAGAGCAGGGCCACGGAGAACCCGACUUCCUAAUACCAAAGUCCUGGUGCCCAGCCCCACAGCCCCAGGACCCCCACCGGCCCAGGUCCUAUAGCCCCCCAGGACCUACAGCCUCCAAGACUCACACCCCCAGGACCGAAACUGCCAGGCCCUACACGCCCCAGAACCUACAACCCCAGGGCCCCACACCACCCCCUCCCCAGGCCCAGUCCUGCUGGUGGCUCAGGAAGCACUCCAGGCCAGAGCAGGAAGAGAGGUGACUCUGAGCUGCCGGUAUGGGAAGCAGGGGCAGGACAGGUGCCUGGGAGACAGGCCUCCACCAGGCAGCUGGGGGCGGGGGGGCUGGGGGCGGGGCCUGUGGAGAUGGGGGCGGGUCCCGGCAGCCUGGCUGGCUCUGCUCCACAGGGAAGGCACAGCCUGGGGGUUAGAGGCCGGGCGUGCUCCGGCCGCUCCCCUGGGCCACCAGCCCCCUCUCUCGCAGGUUGCUAGCCCAGAGCUAAAGGAUGCCUUCUCCCAGGGCAGCCGGGAGAUGAAGCUGCUCGGAUCAUAUCACUCCCACUCCCUUUUCAGCUCAAAAGGACCCCAGAGACCCCCACCCCACUUUCCUCCUAAUCACAGAGGCCCCGUCAACAGUCCAUCGUGGUGAGUCCUCGAGGAAUGCCUGGGGGUGCAGGCUCCCUCUUCCCGGGGGAGCCUCCUUCUUGUUCCUUGCCGGGCGGUCUGUACCCUGACCCGGACUGCCCUCACAUGGGACACACCUACAUGUGCUGAACACGGUCUCUCAGGGCCCAAGGCAGGUUGAGCCCCCCGCCCCCCAUUACCCUCCUGGUAUAUGGAAUGUUCACAACCAGCGGAUGCUGCAUGGUAGGGCCCAAGGGACUGACCGGCUCCCGCCUCGGCCCCACAGCCACACUUCCCUUCUUAACCUUGCCACACGCACGUGUGCACACACACACGCACACGCACACAUGCGAGCGCAUGCGCGCACACACACACCCUUUAAAGUGUAUUCCUCUGAGAAAUGCCCCAUUAGCAUCAGGCUGCUUCCAUCCCCCCACAACAGGCCUUGGACAUGCCAGGAGCCACCUGCCCCAGGGCCUUUGUGCCGUUCCUUCUGUCUGGGGUCCGUCUGUAUGCACACGUUGCCCAGAUCCCUGCCGCGGGUCCUUCAGCGCUCCGCACACCCUGCUGCCCUCAGCACACAUGUUCCCGCCCCGUGAGCACUCCGCACACGUCGUCACCGGUGCUGCCCUCCGUGCCCCCCGGCCUGUGUGUGCUUCGGUUAGUCCGAGGGCAGGACCCACCCCUGCAUCUCAGGGAGACCUUAACAGACCCUGCGCUGGCCCUGGUCGCUCCCCACCACCCGCCCCUUCUCUGUAUGGGACUGAACGUCCCCGAAGGCCAGGCUCGACAGUGCCCAGGUACCCGCGGCACUUCCGUGGCACUUCCGUGGCACUUCCGUCCACGUCACGGGACUUGACCUUGUCACAGUUCUUGCUAAGCCCCCUGCUGGGUCCUCAGAUCCCAGGCCGGAGCUGUGUCACGAGGACGGCAUCUCCCACUUCUCUGAGAGGUUCUGUUGGUCCGCAGGUCACGGCCCGUCCCCUCGGGCAUUUCCACACACUCCUGAGCACAGAGUCUCCCGACUUCGGGAAGAAACGUGAGCUAACAUUGCCUCAAAUGUUGCCUCUGGCAGCGGCAACCCCAAUGAACCUCCACCCACAUAGUCCUGGGCAAAUCUGGGGCCACUCUGCUGCCUGGCAGCCCCAUCAGCUGGGCCGCAGGAACUCCACGGCAAGACAGGAGCCUUGGGAAAAUGCAGCAAAUGGGAGAAGCAGGAAGUAGGGAAUGAUGUGACUUUGGGUGGGUUGGGCCUCUGGG